GCCGAAGGGCUUAUUCACACUUAAGGGCUUUUUAAUUUAUUUAGGUAAAUUUAUUUUCCUGACAAAAGAUCAGUGUGGCCAACAACCACUGACCGAACACAAAUCCAGAAACACUCCUGCAACUUGGACGUCAGAAAAGUUGCCACUCAACGGCAAGCUUUCAACAACAUCAUGCCUAGAAAGUGAGUAGCUUCAAGCACAGCAAGAGAAGAUUAGACCACCCUAAAUUUCUUUCUUAACACCCCCGUGAAUGACAAAGACUUGCAUGAGUACUUCCAGAUUGUUGCUAGAGAAAUGAUUGGAGAUAAAAAUGUUAGGCAUUAUGCAGCCAUUGACGGGUUCUGAAGAUUUUGCAUUCUAUCAAGAGGUGAUCCCAGGAAACUUUUUCUUUCUCGGAAUGAGGAAUGAGACAAGUGGGAAGCUUGAAUCCCCUCCCCCACCUUAUUUAACAGUGAUUGAAGAUGCACUUCCAUAUGGUUCUGCACUUCAUGCAUCUCUGGCUUUAAGGUAUCUUAUUGAUUUCCAACCUAAAAUUUCUUCAUCAAAGGGAAAACAUCGCGACAAACUCUUCCUCCAGUCCCAGGUUUGGCCUUCUGGCCUCUCUGGAAUUUUUUCCAGGUUGAUCUGAAAUUUUCCCAGCAUCUCCUGGAGCAGACCCAUUGCAGCCUCUGUUUUUGCCUUGAAGUAUGCCUUCAGUGUGCUGAUCUCCUUCAGUCUAAUUGAGGCCUCUUUCCUGCGUUUUCCCUUGGUUGCUGCCCCCUCUCUGUCCCAUAGGUUGCUGCUACUCUGCGGACCUGAUAGGACUCACGGCAGGAGCAUCUUUUCUGGGUUGUCCAGUUUGCCUAAAGCUGCUCCAGCCUAGGCGUUUUUCCUCUUUGGUGGGCUGGUAAACUGCAAAUUAAGCCGGGUUUCUGCCUUUUGCUUGGACCUUCAGAUUAGUACUUCUCGAAGAGGUCCAGCUCCGUACAGUGGCACUAUCCGAGCCAAAUAGCUACAGCCACGGCUACAACAAUCCCUGUGGAAGACAGGGUUGUUAUUUUUGUUUAGUAUAAUUCUUCUUUGCUAUAUUCUACAUAUUUUAUUAGUUUAAUGUUGUUUUCCUAUUCCUCUUGAACUCCAUCAUUGUAGGAACUCUAAUAAGUUUUCAAGAGGAAUUGGUGAUCACUAGCAUGUGUGCUUAUGGUGCACGCCUGGUUUGGUCUAAUCUUUUCCUUUGUUGUCAUCUCUUUGAGGAUAGGUGAGCUUAGUUUGUUUUCUCGGA